CACAUUUUAAUCACAAUUAAUGUCUAGUUUCUAAACCACAAGGAAUAUACUUAUAAAUAUAUUUAUAUAAAUAUAAGGAACUGAAUAAUCUUUGAUAUUUGGUUGUUUGGGUAUUUAUGUUGUACAAUUAAUAUAUCCUUUACCCUAAAGUCUACAUAUAUUAUCAACCAUGGGUAAAGCAGAAGUAGGUACCCCCAAGUACAUAGCCAACAAAAUGAAGGCCAAAGGCCUCCAGAAGCUCCGAUGGUACUGCCAAAUGUGUCAGAAACAAUGCAGAGAUGAAAACGGUUUCAAAUGCCACACAAUGUCCGAAUCCCAUCAAAGACAACUUUUAAUCUUUGCUGAUAACUCACACAUGUACCUAGAUCAAUUUUCAAAAGAAUUCUCUGACGGCUUCUUAGAACUUCUGAGAAGACAAUUUGGAACUAAACGAGUGGCUGCUAAUAAAGUGUAUCAGGAUUAUAUAUCUGAUAGGAAUCAUUUGCACAUGAAUGCUACAAAGUGGUUGACAUUGACGGGGUUUGUCAAGUGGUUGGGGAGGGAAGGACAUUGCGUUGUUGAUGAGACUGAGAAAGGAUGGUUUAUUACGUAUAUUGAUAGGGAUCCGGAGACGAUAGCUAUGCAGGAGGCUUUGGCUAAGAAAGAGAAAAUGGACAAGGAUGACGAAGAUCGUGAAAGAGACUUUUUGGCUAAACAAAUUAAAAGAGGCAAGAAACAAGCAAAAAGCACAGACGAAGUAGUUUAUACUGAAUUAAAAAGAGAUGAAGGAGACAAACUUAGUUUAAAUUUGAAUUUAGCAGAAAAACGCAAAACUGAACCAGUAGAGAUAAAACCUUUAUCAAAAGCAUUAUUGACUACAUCAGAAUUUUCAAGAAAACGGGCAAAAUCAGUUAAAGAUGAACCAUCAAGUUCUAAACGAUUAUCAGCUUUAGAUGAAAUUAUAAAAAUGGAAGAAUCAAGAAAGAAACGGAUACGGAAAGAUCAUUGGCUUGCUGAAGACAUAAUUGUUAAGGUUGUUACUGAAAGUCUUGGAGAGAAAUAUUAUAGAAAAAAAGGUGUUGUUGUGAAACUUAUAGAUAAAUAUUCAGCAAAAGUAAAAAUGCUUGAUACUGCAGAUAGCUUAAAAUUAGAUCAGGCUCAUCUAGAAACAGUAAUUCCAGCGAUAGGAAAGCCAGUUUUAAUUUUAAACGGAGGCUAUGCAGGAAACAAAGCUAUUUUAACUUCACUAAACGAAAGAAAAUUCAGUGUUUCUGUUGAAUUGAUGUCAGGUCCUUUGAAAGGCCGAAAAGUCGAUGAUAUUCCUUAUGAAGACAUUAGUAAGCUCAGUGAUUGUUGA